AUGUCGGUCUUGAUACUGAAAAGUCCCGACGACGUUAAGUGCGAGACAGACAGAAAACACGUAAACCACAGACGGGGCGAGGACAUCCACAUCAAAAUUUUUGAUGUCAUCUUUCAAUUGACGACACUGUAUGAAACAAAACAGUUUCUUGCCGGUUCUUCUCGGUACAAGGUCUCCCGCCGUAGAUUUACAAACCGAUGGCGUAGCGUUUGACUUUCACAAGAGCUUGUAACGGCUCCGGGCGCGGCGAGUGGCAAGCAUCAUGGAUGACGACCAACAGUUUUGCUUGCGAUGGAACAAUCACCAAUCUACACUGGUGUCCGUAUUCGACACCCUCCUGGAGAAAGGCAUUCACGUGGACUGCACCCUGGCGGCGGAAGGACAGACCCUCAAGGCACACAAAGUGGUCCUGUCAGCGUGCAGUCCGUAUUUCGAGAGUGUACUAUCUCAGCAAUUUGAUAAGCAUCCAAUAAUAAUACUGAAAGACGUGAAGUACGCAGAGUUAAGAGCUAUGAUGGACUAUAUGUACCGAGGGGAGGUGAACAUAUCGCAGGACCAGCUGGCCGCGUUACUGAAGGCAGCUGAGUCGCUGCAGAUCAAAGGGUUGUCAGACAAUAAGCCGUCACGGCCUCCUUCCCGCCCCGCCGCGCCCGUCGCGCCGCCCCGUCCAGCGUCGCCAGCACACCCGCCACAGGUGAGGGACGGCAGCGUGGACAGCCGCGAGGGCUCGACGAGUCCCUCCCGACGGCGCAAGCGGGCCCGCCGCUCGUCGCUGUCCCCCGCCGGCAACGGGGACUCCCCGCCAGCCCCCGCCUUACCGACGGGCCCGGCCUCCGCCCCCGCCCCCGCCCCGCCCGCGGCCCUCAAGGACGAGCCCUCGCGCGACAACGUGGAAGACCUCACGCUCGACGACGAGCCCGCAGACCACGCGCCGCACAACGACGUCGUACGCAAUUUUCAAUGGCACAUGGAAAGAUCUCAAGAUGAAAUCAUGAACUCGAACGACAGCGCCAGAGACUCGCAAGGUCCUAAAAGAUCGCUGCGUAAUAAAAUCUCGACGCUAACACAGGAGGUAAUCGACGAGCCGCCGUCAAAGACUUACGCCAUCUUAAAGAACAUGAAACCGAAAGACCCCGCGCAAGAGGAGGCGAAGGAGAACGCCAAACAGCAAACGGAAACUAAAAAAUCCCCCGAGUCUGACGACAAAAGUGAUUCUAAAUACAACAUAUUCCCCAAUGAUAAGACAGGAUUCGCCUUGACCAAGAAUAAGACUGAGAAAGGGUACAAGUGCCCCAAUUGCUCGCGCUGCUACAACGCGCGCCGCAACCUGGUGCGUCACGUGACCCUCGAGUGCGGUCGCGAGCCCCAGUACAAGUGCCCCUACUGCAGCUGCAGCAAACAUCGCCGCAACGAACUCAAGAACCACAUCAACAAGAAACACCCCAACCAACCCAAAAAGUGA